AUGAAAUGGCAACUGCACUCCCAGACAUCAGCAUAUCUUUAAAGAACAUAACACUUUGACCUAACCUCUAAGUCUUCCAGAUCCCAAAUCUGAUCUAGCAUGUGUGCUAUUCAAGGUCUGCCCUGCAACUUACAGGACCACAGAAGACUUCCAAAAGUCCCAUCCAUACCCUAAUGUGUCUGAGCAGUUUUGGUGGUCAUACGCUGUAUUACUCAGCUGGUUUUAUAGUUGUAUCGCUAAUCAGUGUAAAUCAUAGUUGUCCUCUUGCUACACUGAAGUGUCCAUUGUGGUCCAAGGAGUAAAAUAACAGCCUCCAUUCUAAACGGCACUUAGUCACAUUCUUGUAUUAGGGGAAAAUAUAACAAAUAAGUUGCAGUUGUCAUUCAGUACUGUAAUUUAAGGGAAUUCUGUUUUAAUGUUACAAUUAGAUGCAUAUUUUGAAUGAAACUGAAUGCCUAUAGUUUGAGAAGGACAAGUGCAGCAGGCAAGUAAGAGUUGCCAAGUUAUGCCUAGUUGCAGACUGAUGUGAUUGCUGACUCAGGAGAAUUCAAACCUAUCUGCAUCCAUCCAAUAUCUAUAUACCGCUUAAUCCUCAUUAGGGUUGUGGCAGGGCUGGAGUCUAUUCUGGAUGACAUAGGGUGAAGGCAGGGGACACCCAGGAAAGGUCACCAGUCUAUCACAGGGCUGUACAUAGAGAGAAACAAGAACAUUCACACUUGGUGGCAACUUUAGAAUUCCCAAUUAACCUCAGCAUAUUUUUGGACUGUGGACGGAAGCCAGAGCACCCAGAGAAAACCCACAUGUGCACAGGGAGAACAUGCAGAAAGAUCCCAGCUCAGGACACGAACUGGGGAUCCUCUAACUGCAAGGCAACAGUGCUAACCACCGAGCCACUGUGCAGUUCACUAUCUACUUUUUUAAGUCAAUUCCGUUUUAUUUACAUCAAUUUAUAACGCGUCCUCUCAGUUCACUUCACAUAGUAAGGUGAGGAACUUAUACAGACAAAACCAGUGGGAUGAAAAAACUCCAGCAGAUCCAGGCUCAGGGAAAGUAGCCAGGGGUGUUGGGGCGCUGCUGGUAAAAAUCCUAGAGGGAACACAGAACAGUAAUGUUAUUUACCAAUGACGAAUGUAAGCCGAGUGUUUUUCUACACAAAAUGUUACGAGGAGCUGAAGUUUAUUUCUUCCAGCUGUUGGGAAAUAUUGUCUCUGAGUUUGUGUAACAGCUGCAGCAGCAGCAUCCAUGUGUUUGUCUCCAAAGAGUGAUCAUUAUGUACAUUUGCACACACAACAACCAUGCUGGUAACUAAUAGGAGCGAUGGCAUAUAUCCCACUUUGGAUGGUGUGCCCCUCUUAUCCAGGAAUAUGGACAAAUUUAUUAGAAUGGACCUGGUUGAGAAACACUGCUCUAGACCAAGGCACUGUCAAACUACUGGCACUAACAUUAUUAAAGGAUCAUUUUAUUUGUUUAUUUAUUUUACCGUUGGUCAGAUUUGCUAUCUGUAAUAAUUACAUUGUGCUAUAUUCUACUGUUAAUAUCUAUGAUGUGAGAACACAGCACACACAAACUAAGACAACUUAAAUAAUUGCAUAGGCUAGGAACACUGACCAUCAAAUAAAGUGCUUGCUUGAUUACAACUGAUCUGAUAAUAAUUAAUAAUAAUAAUAAUAAUAAUGGAUUAUGCUUUAAUGUCAACCUUCCUGCACAACAUUGGUGCUUCAUGGACUGUACAGAGGCUAACUUACUGUCUGUGAACUUUUGAUUAUUGCGAGUGCUGCUUUAACAGUGAGGCAGGGUGUGUCCACACAGCUUUGUCACCUGCCCAGGUGGAUUCAGGCACUCUCUGUCGGUGAAUCACUGCUUGACUUAUUCUGUAAGUAUUAUCUCUCCACAAAAGAGCAGGUGGUGUACUCAGACUGUAAAUUGUGGAUUUAUGACUUUUCUUCAUAAAGGAUUUUCUCAUAUCGUGAGGUAGGUUUAGCAUAUUUUUUACAGACUCUAAACCAUUUUGUAAUUCUAUAAAUUAAUACUGGACUUAUUUCUGUUUGCAUCCUUGAUUGAUUAAAAAAAAAUCCUUACAAAUGUCAAUAAAGUUUUCUGAUUCUGAAAUACCCGGGAGCCAUUGGAUCACCUAACUGUUUGAUCUUCCACCCUGACCAUUGCCUACAAUUGAUCUAAGUUAUGGAGCGUCUCAAGUUAGUCCUGCAGUACUUCCAGUCCAACUCCGAGUCCAUCUCCAAUGGAAUCUGUAUCAUUCUGGCCCUGGUCAGCGUCAAACUCUACACCAGCUUCGACUUUAACUGCCCAUGUCUUCCUCAGUACAACAAACUGUACUCUCUAGGAGUGAUGACUGUCCCUCCUAUUAUACUGUUCUUUCUGGGGGUCCUUGUCAACCGACAUACGGGCGUCAUGAUGGAUGAGUGGAUGAGACCCACUGGGAACAGAUCCAAAAAUCCUGCAGUGGUUAAGUACCUGUUCUCUGCCAUGAUCCAGAGGGCAUUACUGGCACCAAUGGUUUGGAUCCUGGUGACUUUAUUGGAUGGAAAGAUCUUCAUCUGUGCCUUCAGCGUGAGUGUAGACCCUGCACUCUUCCAAGGCUUGCCCAACAACACAGGUCUGGAUGUGAUCAAAAUCAUGGCUAAAGUGCCUUGCAGGGAGGAUGUUAUCUUCAAGAACAGCUCUUUCCGCAAAGCAGUUUCUCGGUAUGUUCGCUGCCAUUCACAGGCAGUUGGCUGGUCCAUCCUCCUGUUCUUGAUUGUGCUGGGGGCGAUGGGACGCCUUAUCAAGCCCUGCUUCGAUGACCACGCCACCUUCCUGCAGACUCGCUACUGGAGCAACUACCUCGAUGUGGAGCAGAAGCUCUUUGAUGAAACCUGCGUCCUGCAUGCUCGGGACUUUGCCCGGAAAUGCGUAGUACAGUUCUUUGAGGACAUGAGGGAGGACACUGUACUCUAUCUACCCCACCCACCCUUCAUCAGCAACUUCAGAGAGGAUUGGGAGGAGGAAGAAGAGGAGAGACUUCAUGGAAUAACAAAGCAGCAGCAGGUGGACAAGCUGCUUAACAAGUGGUACUAUAGUAAACCUGAACUGGAUGUGACCAGGAUUUCCCACAGACCCAAGACUUGUGUUACCUGGGAGGACCGUGAAGGGAACACACUAUACUCGGAUGUCUGAAACACCUUCAACAAUGUGUAGCUGCACCAUGAAUCAUUUAUCUUUAACAGAUGUAGGUUAGAUGUAGGUUAGCAGAAAGCUUAGCAAACGUCAGCGUGAUAUAAUUUAGUUUCAACAUUCACUUGGUUAUGAUUGAUUUAUAGCUUUCAACAGCCUGUCACUGUCUUCAUUCACGUGGAGUUGGACUGAAGCAAAAAGUUUCAACUAUGUGUGAACUGACAUGGUUGGAGAUGAUAACCUCCGCUCCAUCAUGAUUCAUAUACUAUUCCAACCCUCAGGGGAGGAUCAGAGAUCUGAAAGUUCAUCAUCAGACCAGGACACUUCUGAUGCUCGUGUUAUAAUGUUAUGUCCAUCAUAGUCUCAAGGCUUCUACCAAGAUUCAUUUUAAUUUGUGUGGAUGUACAAACAGGAGGGUGUUAUGUGUGUGUGAACUCUAGAGAGCAGAAAAAAUGUAAACAAUUUACACAAAAUUUUGCACUAUAUAUGUAUAUUGAUGAUAAAUCUGAACAAAUUCUGUUUUCCUUUCUGAUGCUACAUUCACACUAAUAUGUUUUCACUGUGUCUCUGUUUCAGAGAUAACCUCUGUGUGUCCUGACAUGCUUGAAAACACAAAUCACAUGAUCAUCCAUUGAUCAGGUGCUGGCCUAAACAUGAAGGAGAGAUUUUGUUGCUUAUGUAGCAGAAACGCUCCACCAUAAUUUUAUUCAGCCCCUCGCUUAACCAGACUUAGUUAUGGUAAACAAGAUAAAGAUGAGACAACCAGGGCAAACAAUAUGACCAGAGACUGCUACCAUAGACAACCAAGUUAGCAAUGCCUGUAAUUUACUAUCCCUGUUAAUAAAGAGGGAUGUCUUUGCUUCUUCGUGCAAUAGGAGUAUAACAAUUCAGGGAAAGACAGGUAAUGACAGUUAAGACCAAUCACAAAGCAAUUGUGAGUGUCUGAAUGAUCAUUUCUGCCUGUCCACACCAAAAUACAAUCCCAGAUUUUCACAGAAGUUUCCAGUUUCUUUAGAAGUCUCUGUUUUACAUUUCCUAACACACGGGAAAAUCCAAAUGUAAUAGUGUGGAUGGAGCCUGAAUUUUUUUCCCCCCAGAAAGACUGAUUCUGUGUCAGUGGAUGUCUCACCUGUUACCGAGUCUGCUCCUGAGCUGUUCGAUACCUGUCCUGUUUCUCAAUAUGUUCUUGGGCUGUAAUGUCUGGGCAAUUUGUUGCACCAAUGAGGGUUAGAUUAAGUAAGGUGAGGCAAUGCUCAUUUUAUUUUAGGUAUUUUUUUGGAUGGAGAUAUAGUUUGCUGGGCAUUAAAAGCUUUUGAUUCCAAAUUUUUAGAAUUACUUUAUUAUUACUUCUACUAUAGAAUAAUAAAAAAAAGUCUUAGUUUCCCCAGAAUAGGGGCCAAUUCAUUCCUACAACUGUUUCUUCCCAUCCAGACUAAAAUACAAUCACAGAUUUUUGCAGAAGUUUCCCACUUUCUUAGAAGUCUCUGCUUUACUUUUCCUAAAACACAGGGAAAAAUCAAAAUGUAAUAGUGUGGAUGGAGCGGGAUUUUUUCAUUCUUUGCAGCUUUAGGCUCGGAGUGCUGUCUAUGAAAAGCAGAACUUAGGGUCUGAGGGCACUGAGAGAGUCAGUGGACAGCAGCAUUUUGGUACAUUCAUAGCAGUGGACACUAUUGGCUUUUAUUUUUACUGAAAGCCUAAGAGACAUCAAACUGGAAUAACAACAGACAAUAUGGCAUGUUUUAUACCACUAAAUGUGCACAAAUGUGUGUUUUUGUUAAUGACAGCAAGCUUAUAUUAAAUAUAUUUGUUCCCAAAGCAGGUGAUGUACAUUAUAAAAGUGAUGAGAGUUAGAGAAGAGGGACAGAGGAAAAAACAUGAGAUCCAAAACAGAGAAUCAAAACAUGUUGUGACAGUCAUUUGAAUAUGUUAGGGUGUGGGCUGGCUAGUUUUGCAUGGAGGUUUUUGACAUGGAGCUCACACACACAAACUGAUGAAAGCAUGCAAAUAGGCCUAUUGUAUUAAGCAAAGUUGCACAGCGAUUCUGUUUUCUACUUAGUUUUAUUUAAUUAACUGUACAGGUGCACUAUAAUAUAGAGUCAUGUAAAAAAAAUAUUAGACCACCCUUGUUUUCUUCACUUUCUUGUUGAUUUUAAUGCCUGGUACAACUAAAGGUACAUUUGUUUGCACAAAUACAAUGAUAACAACAAAAAUAGCUCAGAAGAGUUUAAUUUAAGAGCUGAUAUCUAGCCAUUUUCCAUGAUUUUCUUGAUAAUAACCGAAAUCACUUAAGUGCUUCCAUCAAUAGCUAUGGCAUUGUACUGCUAAAAACAGUGCUUUUAGGCAUUCCAUGUUUUCUUUUCUGUCUUUUUUAGUUCACAUGAUACGCACAGGAGUUAGUACUUGAUUGCAUAACCACUGUUUUUGAUGACUGCAGCCAUGCGUCGUGGUAUGCUCUCCACCAGCUUCUGACAUUGUUCUGCUGUCACAGCAGCCCAUCCCUGUUGCCCAUUCAAACAAUGGGCAAAGAGUUCCAUUUUUGGAACUGUACAGGUUUGUAAAUGAGGGCCACAACAGUUUCAUAAUGAUGUCCCUGUAUCUCAGCUAUUGCAGCUUUGGGAACAGAUACAGCUGCAGCCAUUGUAUCUCUGAUAUUGGGUCCAUUUCACAAAGCAGGUUCAACAAACUCUGAGUGUAAUCCUGAACUCUGAGUUGAUCUACUCUGAGAUAGGAAACUCUGAGUUUUCGGUUCCAGAACGGCUGAUUUGAGUUGGUUUAAUCAACUCGUAGUAGUUUCACCCGGAGUUAAGCGCGUGCACCACAACUCUGAAAAGCCAGUAUCAAUGGAGCGCUGAUUCAACGAGUCACCAUGGCAACAUGGAAGCGGAGGGCUGCGUUUUUUACAUCACUUGAAUUGGAAAUCUUAAUGCGCCCAUAUGGCGAGUUUGAACCUGUUUUUAUAAAGAAGUGCAACACCGCUGCAGCUGCAAAAGAGAGGGGACGGCGUGGGAGAUCAUUGCUGCCUGAGUCAGUGCGUUAGUUUAAAUGUAGUCCUUCGCAAUCACAGCAAUAUUACAGGGGGAAACUGUUUGAAUGGUAGCCUAUUAAGUUAUUUCAUUUAGAUGCAAUCCCGCGGGGGAGAAGUGCAUGUGGCAGCAGCUUAAGAUGAAAUAUAAAACAUUGUUCAAACAGGUGUCGUAGUUUCUCUUAGACCUCAAGGAUGUGCAGAUGUUCAAGAAAACGUCCGUUGACACUGUUGCUUUUAUAAUAUAAUUUAUUACAUAAAUAAGACAGCAUCUGAACAGGCACAAUGGUCUGCCUGUGGAGAGUUUCCCCAGCCAAUAUGAAUCUCCCAUUUGAACAAAGGGCUGGCGGUCAUUUUAUACGCUCUGGUAAAGGAUAGAAUUACAACACCUGGUUGUUAUUUGAAGACCCUUACUCAAAAACAAGACCCCCUCAGACGGAGCUC